AUGAAUGUGGAAUAUUUUGAAUGUCCUCAUGUAUGAGCCUAUCCUUACCGGAGGAGGAUAUGUUGGAUGGAUAUGGAGGAUGUAUUGAUAUUUUUUUUUUACAAAAACAAUUAAUUUAAUUUAUAUAUAUUUAGAUCAUUUACUUUCGAGAUUAUUAAAUUAUUAAAUUAAAUUAAUUAACCUUGAUACAAAAGAUAUAAAAUCAAUUUUACUUAUAUAAUUUUAAAAAAUUUCAUUUUCAUUACUUUUAUAUAAAUAAUAUAAUUAAUUAAAAAUACUUACUAAAACAUUCUGCUAUUAUAUAAUUUUAUUAAAAUUGUUUAUAUAUAUAAAUAAAUUAUUAAGAAUAAAUAAAUUUAUGUUAUUGAAUAAAAUUUUUAAUAACAUUAAUUCUAUUUAAUAUAAAUAAUUAGUUUCAUAUAAACUAAAAUUUUAUCUAAAAACACUUUUCAGUACUUCUACUAUGUUACGACUUAUUUCUGAAACUGACUGGCAAUUUGUACACCAAUUAUUACUUUAUUUAUUUUAUUAUUUUUUACAAUAAUUCAAUUACAAUAUCAUUCUUAAAUUCUAAGUUUUUAUUGAAUUUUAUAUUAUACUAAUAAUGUUUAUUAAAUUAUGUAUAUUUCCAUUUCACAACUGAAUAAUUUACUGUUAUGGAAAAUCAUCAUGGGAUCAAAUUUUCUUAUUAUUUUCAAUUAUAAAAUUUAUUCGUAUUUCAUUUUUUUAUCAUUUUUUAAAUUUCUGAAGUAAUAUACUUAUAUUGUUAAUUUUAAACAGAAUUUUUAUAUCAUUAUAUGUCAAUAUUAAUAUUUCUUUAAAAAAACUAUUUGCAUGUUCAACAUCUUUUAAUAAUUUUUAUUAAUUUUUAUAUUUAUAUUAAAUACAAAACAAUUUAUUCUAUUUACAAUUCUAUAUUAAAUCGUUCUGUACAUCUUAAUUCACUUAUUAAUAAAAUUCAAUUAUAGAAAAGUGUUUAUUAUACUUAAUUUUGAAAUCAUUAAUUAUCUAUUCAAAAUAUGAAUGUUAAUUUAUUCUAUAUUACCUUUGUUAAUAAGAUUUUCAUUGAAAUGAAAUUUAUUAUAUGAAUUUAAAAAAUAUAGAUAUACAAAAAUGCUAUUUUUGUACUUAUUGCUCUUAAUUUCAAAUCUGCUAUUAUUAUGAAAAUAUUUAAUUAUUAUAAAAGAAUAGUUAAUAAAAAGUUUUUAUAUUUAUUAUAAAGUAAAUGAAUUUGAAAAUAAAUAUAUUUAUAGUAUCAAUUAUAUUUUUUUAAACAUCUAUAUUUAUCUUAUUUAACUUUAAGUUAUUUAACUUUAAGUAAUUUUAAUUAUGGUUUACUAUAAUAAAAUCUUAAAUGCAUGUUUGAAGAAAUUUAAAAAAUAAUUAAUUAAUGUAUUUUAUAUUAAUGUGUGUGUGUGUGUGUGUGUGUGUGUGUGUGUGUGUGUAGAAUAUAAUUAUACAAAAUUUUAAGUUUAUCUAAACUAUUAAUCUUCAAAAAAAUAUUCUACUAUAUAAAUUUUAGAUUAUAUAUAUAAAUUAUAGAUUUAAUAUAUUAUAUAUUAUAGAUUUUAUGUGUAUAACAUAUUAAUAUUGAAAGAAUUUUUAUCUUUAUUAAUAAAUUUACAAUAUACUUUUUUUCCAGACAUAAUAUUAAAUUUUAAGUAAUUGUCAACUCGUAAUAUUCAAAAUUUAAAGAAUUUUAAAAUAAAUUUAUAUAAACAAAUGAUUGAUAUCAACUAAUCACAAAAAAAUUGGAAUAUUAUAUAUAAUUUCUGCCUUAUGAUCAGAAAUUAAUGGUUCGCCUUUUAGAAUAUUAAUUCAAAUAGAAUUAAAUAGACCAGGGAUAUGAAUCAAUAAUGAUCAAAUUUAGAAUUCAAUUAUUACAACAAGUCAUGCAUUUUUAAUAAUUUUCUUUAUAGUUAUUUUUAUAAUUGGGAGAUUCUGAAAUUUUUUAAUUCCAAUAAUGUUAGGAUCACAGGAUAUUGCGUUUCCACGAAUAAAUGAUAAUAGUUUUUGAUUACUACCUCCAUCGUUAUUAUUACUUUUAUUAAAUAAUCUAUUUUUUCCUAAUUCAGGAACUGGAUGAACUGUGUAUCCUCCUUUAUCAUUAUAUUUAA